CGGUAGUCCGCGGUGGUGCGGUCCGCCCCUCACCUGGCCGGCGGCGGGCGCUGAGGGGCCCAAUGGGAGCUGCGGCCUGGCCGCCCCGCCCUGCGCCUCUGGACGUCUGUGCUGGGACAAGGCCGCCGCCGGUGCCGGGUCCUUGAGCUGAGCGCCGCCAGUCCGAGGCCAGCCGCCGCCGUCAGCCGUCCGCACGGGCCGGGCCUGAGGCGCCGCCGGGACGGCAUAGAUACGCGGCAGCCGCGGAGAAGGAGAAGGAGGCAGCUCGGGAGGCCUGAGCGGCCGCCGCGCCCGGGCACAUGGCGUCCAUCUUACUGAGGAGCUGCCGCGGCCGGGCGCCUGCCCGCCUCCCUCCGCCGUCUCGGGUCACCGCCCCGCGGGGUAGUCCGGGGGAUCCUGCUCAUCUCAGCUGUGCCAACACCCUGGGGUUGAGGAGCUGCCUGAAUGUUCCAUUUGGCUGCUGCACUUCCAUCCACCCUGUGUACCCAUCCUUCAGAGGUGAUCACCUCGGCUGUUGGACUCUGAGACCUGAGUGCCUUCGCACGGUGUUGGGAGCGCCAUGGACCUCUACCUCUGUGGGUUUUGUGGUCAUGGGACCUCGGUGCCUUCCUGUGCGCGGCUGGCACUCUUCACGCCCUGUUGGCGAUGACUCGGUAGUAGAGAAGUCCCUCAAGUCCUUGAAGGACAAAAACAAGAAGCUGGAGGAAGGUGGCCCAGUGUACAGCCCCCCCGCAGAGGUGGUGGUGAAGAAGUCCCUGGGGCAGAGGGUGCUGGACGAGCUGAAGCACUACUACCAUGGCUUCCGCCUGCUAUGGAUCGACACCAAGAUCGCAGCACGCAUGCUCUGGCGCAUCCUCAACGGCCACACCCUGACCCGCCGGGAGCGCAGGCAGUUUCUCCGGAUCUGCGCUGACCUCUUCCGCCUAGUGCCAUUCCUCGUGUUCGUGGUGGUGCCGUUCAUGGAGUUUCUGCUGCCUGUUGCUGUGAAGCUCUUCCCCAACAUGUUGCCAUCCACAUUUGAGACUCAGUCCAUCAAGGAGGAGAGACUGAAGAAGGAGCUUCGGGUCAAGCUGGAGCUGGCCAAGUUCCUCCAGGACACCAUCGAAGAGAUGGCCUUGAAGAACAAGGCAGCCAAGGGCAGCGCCACCAAAGACUUCUCUGUAUUUUUCCAGAAGAUCCGGGAGACGGGGGAGAGGCCCAGCAAUGAGGAAAUCAUGCGUUUUUCCAAAUUAUUUGAGGAUGAGCUUACCCUGGACAACCUGACGCGGCCGCAGCUGGUGGCCCUGUGCAAGCUGCUGGAGCUACAGUCCAUUGGCACCAACAACUUCCUGCGCUUCCAGCUCACCAUGCGGCUGCGCUCCAUAAAAGCAGACGACAAGCUGAUUGCUGAGGAAGGGGUGGACAGCCUGAACGUCAAGGAGCUGCAGGCGGCAUGUCGGGCACGAGGCAUGCGGGCCCUGGGCGUCACGGAAGACCGCUUGAGGGGCCAGCUGAAGCAGUGGCUGGACCUGCACCUGCAUCAGGAAAUCCCCACAUCACUGCUCAUCCUGUCCCGGGCCAUGUACCUCCCGGACACCCUCUCUCCAGCCGACCAGCUCAAGUCCACACUGCAGACCCUCCCAGAGAUUGUGGCAAAGGAAGCGCAGGUGAAAGCAGCCGAGGUGGAGGGCGAGCAGGUGGACAACAAGGCCAAGCUGGAGGCCACGCUGCAAGAGGAGGCGGCCAUCCAGCAGGAGCACCGCGAGAAGGAGCUGCAGAAGCUCUCGGAGGCGGCGAAGGAUGUUGAGCCCGAACGUGUGGUAGCCGUUCCCCAAAGGCUAGGGGCUGAGCUGCAGCCAGAAGUGUCUGACACAGUCCUGCGGUCAGAGACCCUGAAGGACACUGCCCCGGUGCUGGGGGGCUUGAAGGAGGAACAGAUCACUAAGGAGGAAAUUGACAUCCUCAGCGAUGCCUGCUCUAAGCUGCAGGAACAGAAGAAGUCACUCACCAAGGAGAAGGAGGAGCUGGAGCUGCUGAAGGAGGACAUGCAGGACUACAGCGAGGACUUGCAGGAGAUCAAGAAGGAGCUUUCAAAGACUGGUGAAGAAAAAUACGUGGAAGAAUCUAAAGCCAGCAAGAGACUGACAAAAAGGGUGCAGCAGAUGAUCGGGCAGAUUGACGGCUUGAUCUCGCAGCUGGAGAUGGACCAGCAAGCUGGCAAGCUGGCCCCAGCCAGCGGCAUGCCCACGGGGGAGAAUGUCAUCAGUGUCACCGAGCUCAUCAGUGCCAUGAAGCAAGUCAAGCACAUUCCUGAAAGCAAGCUCACCAGCCUGGCUGCAGCAUUGGAUGAAAACAAGGACGGCAAGGUCAACAUCGACGACCUUGUCAAGGUGAUUGAGCUGGUGGACAAAGAAGAUGUUCACAUCUCCACCAGCCAGGUGGCCGAGAUUGUAGCAACACUGGAAAAAGAGGAGAAGGUGGAGGAGAAGGAGAAGGCCAAAGAGAAGGCAGAGAAGGAGGUCGCAGAGGUGAAGAGCUAGAGCCACCGGCCUGGGCACCUGUCCUUCUGCUGUGCCGCCACUCUGGCGAUUGCUUUGUGGUGAUUCUUAGUGGCUCAUUUAAUAUUUUGGCUGGAAUAAAUCAGAGACUUCCAUAAUCAAGUAAAUUUUAAUUUUCAUCAUUCCACGGAGAUUUAAUCUGUUUGGAAUCCUGGAAUCCGUCCACAGAAUCGUGUCUGGAGCCACACUGUGGUGUGGCUGCCACGGCCUCCUGACUCCAGAGGCGGUCGGGCUAGGCCAAGGCAGGAAGGUGCCCCCCUGCGUGUGGCCUCACGUCUCAGCGUCUGACUGUGCUGCCCUGUCCCCAGGGAGGGGAAUAAGGACCACGUGGACUCUGCCCACAGGGAGCUGGCUGCUGUGCCCACCCUCAGAGGCAUCAGGAGACACAGCCUGGCCUCCUCAGGGCUGAAGAUGCCUCCAUUCACCUGUGGACCUUGGUUUCUGGAUUUCAGCGUCAAUAGACGUGGCUUCCUGCACACUUUCAGUUGGAUCUGGGUCACUGUGGAGACAGAGGUGUCUGCCAUCUCCAUGGCCUCUGGAGAGUGACAUCUCCCUGCUGGGAGUGCCGGUUCUCACAUGCGGUUUCCCUUGUGUAUCGGAGCCCUUUUUUGACUUUCUAUUUUCCCCAAUUCUUUAAGCAGUUGAUUGGCAUAGAAUUUUCCCACACCGGUCUGCCUGCCCCAAGAGCCGUCUCUGCCCCAAGCGGCAUGACUGACACAGCCCUGGCCAUGGGGCUCCCUUGGGUGGUGCUUGGGGUGUGCGCCACGGGGGCUGCAGUGGGUUCGCUGUGUCAGGGAUGAGCCUGGCUCAGGGGUUGGCGGAACUCUGAAGCGCAUUCGGGGUUCUUUGUAACUUCUGAUGUGAGGUUUGAAUCCGGUGCACCCACAGCAGCAUGCUCUUCUCACCCCUCACGGUGUUGCAGGCUCAGGUCCCUGGGCUCCUUUAGCAAGCAGGCUGGUCAACGAGGCACAAGGAUGCGGCACAGGGCAUCCCCUGAGGCUUCACGGGCAAAACUCUUAGUGCUUAGGGUUUGCCCUGUGCCCUCUGAGUGGGGCGGCCUCUCAGCACUCGGCAGCAUGGUCGGGCUGGCCAGGGCAUGGGCAGACUCCUGUGGCCACCUCCACCCUCCUGCCCAGCCAGCUGUGUCACACUCAUCUUUUUAACGUCAGGUUGGUUCCUGGCAAAAAUGUCCCUCCGGGGGCCUCCAAGCAUAGGGUUUGGAAGACAGGAACGGCACAGGCAGCCAGGAAAGCAGCUGCACUCAGAUGAUGCCUUCUCCAUUACUUGAAGCUUCUUUUUGUUCGGCCAUCAAAGAAACUUGACAAAAUAGGAACAGGAGAUACUUCUCGAUUGUAAAACUUUGUUCAGGGACAGUUGGCUUCCAAAAGCUUUCAGAUUUCAAUUAUUUGAGAAAGAAGUUUGUUUUAGAUCCUUAAUUAAUAUUUAUGAACUCUCUCACCCUGUGUAAGUAGCCUCGUGUUGGUUUGUCCAAGUGUACUUGCCUUUGAGAAGAAGCCUUGCAGUUGCAAGGUGUGUGCAGACGCCCCUCCUGUGAGCUGUGUCCUGGGCCCAGUCAGCUGCCCCGGCUCUCGUCCUCAUCCUCACUGCCUCGGCUGAGUGCUGUUGAUGUGAACAGCCACUGCCACAGGCAGCCCCUCCCACUGUCCCCUCUGCCCUGGACUCCGCAUGGCCUCAGGAAGCCGGCUUGCCCUCCGGGUGCUGCAGGGGCUUGGCAGGUGGGGAAGGCUCUGGUGGGUGCCUUUGGUGGCUUCCAAGACAUCAGCUGUGCUCUGAUGCAGGCUUGCUCCCUCAUCAUCCUCUCUCAUCGUUCUGUGUGCAUUUUUCUCUAUGUCCUGACCUUUCUUCUUGCACCUCAAAGUGGUGUCCGGGUGCAAAUGUAAGCAGUGGUGGAUCCAGAAG